AGCAGACUGCACCUUCGCCUCCUCCUCCGUAGAGAGAGAGAGAGUGAGAAAGAGAGAGAGAGAGAGAGAGAGAGAGAGAGAGAGAGAGAGAGAGAGAGAGAGAGAGAGAGAGAGGUACCACUGGGCUGUUUGAUCGAGAAGAGGCUGCGAUUGUUUCCGUAGGCCUAUCUAACAGGUAUUUACCGGGAAAGGUUUGGUUGCACUCAGCAUCUCCUCUCACAACGCGGUGAUUGUUAUCAGAUGACAAGGAGAAAAUCGAUGAGUAGCCACAACACCGACCAGAAGAUGUGUGUAAGGUCGGUGGAAAGAAAAGAGUGAUGACUCGGCAGUGAGGGACAUGCUCACAGCGCUCAACCCAUGAGCUCCUCUGAUAGAGACAAAAAAGAGGGGGAGAUGCUCUGAUAGUCUCUCUGUUUACGGUGUGUGACAGUGUAUGACCGUAUUCUCCCUCUCUCUGAGGGGAACAGGCACUAACGAAGGCACCGAUAUGGUUCUCACACUGAACCCCUCAUUUCUCUAACACACACACACCAUUGAAGGAAGACAGUGGAGGAGGAACGAGGAGAGACCAAGACUAGAAGAUAGAAGACUAGAAUUAGGAACACUUGGAGCUCUAUAAGGAGCCAGCUCCCUCACUCGACUGGCAGACAGAGGAACACCUAUGGAGGGUAUAGGGUGCUACUAACGAGGCUAAGAAGACUGUUGGGUGCUAGGAAGGGCCCUAGGAGGACUGUAGGGUGCUACAAAGGGUCCUAAGAAGACUUAAGGGUGCUCUCAAGGGUGUUUGCGCCAUGAGCUGUAGAGCAGUUUGUGCUGCCCAGCUCUAGCCUUUGUGUGUGCGUGUGUGUGCGUUGUGUGUAUGUGUUUGCGCGUGUGUGUGAUGGCGGUGUGUGUGUGGGCCGCGGCCCCCCUACUGUGUGUUUGGCUUUGCCUCUGUAGCCUUGGAGGAUCCAGAGGGGAGGUGCUAGAGUUUGGGGGGGUGUCGGGACAGUGGGGGCGGUUCCCGGUGUGGAACGCGUGCUGCGAGAGUAUCCUGUCGUUCAGAGUUAGAACUCACAGUGAGGACGGACUGCUGCUUUACCUUGACGACGAAGGAUUCUGCGACUUCUUGGAACUGUUGUUGCUACGUGGGAAACUCCGCCUACGAUUCUCCAUCUUCUGCGCCGAGCCGGCUGAGGUGAGUUCCGGGGUCGCCGUGAGCGAUGGACACUGGCAUGCCGUUCAUGUGAAACGGGACUGGAGGAACACAAGCCUUGAGGUGGAUGGAAGGAUGGAGGGAUGGGCGGAGGUGAAGAGCAAACGGAGAGACAUGACAGUGUUUAGCCACACCUUUAUGGGCGGGGUUUCCCCAGAGCUCCACGCCUCCCCUCUCCGCCUCACUUCCCCUGAUGUCAGAGACCAUGCCCCCUUUUCUGGCUGGCUCACUGCGGUGACCGUCAAUGGAUCGGCGGUUGUAUUGGAAGGAUCGGAGGGCGUUACUGUGGGGGGAGAUGGGUGUGGGCCGGACCACGUGUGUCAGAAUGGAGGGGUGUGUUCUGUCGUCGAGCAGAGGGCCGUCUGCGACUGUACCGACACCGGCUACAAAGGCAACGACUGCAGCGAAGAACACUACAACCCAGGUCUGGCUCACCUGAUGAUCGGCGACCAAGGAAAGCUCAGAGCCCGUGAGGACUACUUAGCAACAUUUAAGGGAUCAGAGUAUUUCUGCUAUGACCUGUCUCCCAGCCCCAUCCAGUCCUCCAGCGAUGAGAUCACCCUGAGCUUUAAGACCCUGCAGAGGAACGGCCUGAUGCUCCACACAGGCAAGUCGGCUGACUACGUCAACCUGGCCUUAAAGAACGGAGCCGUGUCACUGGUCAUCAACCUGGGGUCCGGGGCUUUCGAGGCCCUGGUGGAGCCGGUUAACGGGAAGUUUAACGAUAACGCCUGGCACGAUGUCAAGGUCACGCGCAACCUGAGACAGCACUCAGGCAUUGGACACGCUAUGGUGACAAUCUCUGUGGACGGCAUUCUGACCACUACGGGCUACACCCAGGAAGACUACACCAUGUUGGGCUCAGAUGAUUUCUUCUACGUGGGAGGAAGUCCCAGUACUGCCGACCUCCCUGGAUCUCCUGUUAGCAACAACUUCAUGGGCUGCCUCAAAGAGGUGGUGUAUAAGAACAAUGAUGUACGGUUGGAGCUGUCUCGGCUGGCUAAGCAGGGAGAUGCUAAGAUGAAGGUGAGCGGUAUAGUGGCGUUUAAGUGUGAGAGUGUGGCAACCCUCGAUCCUGUGACCUUUGACACCCCAGAGUCGUUUGUGGCAUUGAGCAAGUGGAGCGCCAAGAAGGCGGGGUCAAUCUCCUUUGACUUCAGAACGACAGAACCCAACGGAUUGAUGCUCUUCAGCCACGGGAAACCACGACAGCAGCAACGCAAAGACCCCCGCACACCCCCCACCCUAAAGUUGCCGUUACUGUUGCAGGUGGAUUUCUUUGCCAUCGAGAUGCUGGACGGUCACCUGUACUUGCUGCUGGACAUGGGCUCAGGAACCACCAAGACCAAGGCCAUCGACAGGAAGGUCAACGAUGGGGAGUGGUACCACGUCGACUUCCAGAGGGAUGGACGCUCAGGUACUAUCUCAGUGAACUCACAGCGUACAGCGUACACGGCUCCAGGGGACAGUGAGAUUCUAGACCUGGAUGAUACUCUGUACCUGGGAGGAUUACCCGAGGACCGCCAAGGACUCAUCUUCCCUACUGAGGUGUGGACAGCGUUGUUGAACUACGGCUAUGUGGGCUGUGUGAGAGACCUGUUUGUGGACGGUCAGAGUAAGGACAUCCGUCGUCUGGCUGAGGCUCAGAGGGCUGUAGGGGUUAAACCCUCCUGCUCCAGAGAGCCUCCUAAACAGUGUCUGUCCAACCCCUGCCAACACAGCGCCACCUGCAGGGAGGGCUGGAACAGAUAUGUGUGUGACUGCUCUGGGACUGGAUACCUGGGACGGGCCUGUGAGAGAGAUGCGACCAUCCUGUCCUAUGAUGGUAGUAAAUUUAUGAAGGUCCAGUUGCCCGUAGCGAUGCACACGGAGGCGGAGGACGUGUCACUACGGUUUCGCUCCCAGCGAGCCUACGGUGUUCUCAUGGCAACAACAUCACGGAACUCAGCCGACACGCUCCGACUGGAGCUGGAUGGGGGCCGUGUCCGCCUUACUGUCAACCUAGACUGUAUCAGGAUUAACUGUACCGCCAGUAAGGGUCCAGAGACCAUCUUUGCGGGGGUGGGGCUGAAUGAUAAUGAGUGGCACACGGUCAGAGUGGUGCGUCGUGGGAAAAGCCUCAAACUCACCGUCGACGACCUGCAACCUGUAGAAGGUCAGAUGGCAGGCGACCACACCCAGCUGGAGUUCCACAACGUGGAGACAGGCAUUGUGACAGAGAAGCGCUUCAUGCCCGCUGUGCCCUCCAACUUCAUAGGGCACCUGCAGGGCCUCACCCUCAACGGGAUGCCUUACAUAGACCUCUGUAAGAAUGGUGACAUCGACUAUUGCGAACUGAAUGCUGUGAUUGGUUAUAAGAGCAUCGUGGCGGACCCGGUUACGUUCAGGUCACGGUCGAGCUACGUGACCCUGCCCACGCUCCAGGCUUACUACUCCAUGCACCUGUUCCUCCAGUUCAAAACCACCUCACCUGACGGACUUAUACUCUACAACAGAGGAGACGGAAACGACUUUAUAGUGUUGGAGCUGGUCAAAGGCUACCUCCACUAUGUGUCCGACCUGGGGAACGGUGCUCACCUGAUCAAAGGGAACUCAAACUCUCCUCUGAAUGACAACCACUGGCACAACGUGCUCAUAUCCAGAGACACCAACAACCUGCACACUGUUAAGAUAGACACUAAGGUCACUACACAGACCACUAUGGGAGCCAAGAACCUGGAUCUCAAAGGUGACCUGUACGUAGGGGGAGUGGCUAAGGAGAUGUACCGGGACCUUCCCAAGCUCGUCCACUCCCGCGAAGGCUUCCAGGGUUGCUUAGCAACCAUUGACCUCAACGGCCAACUACCCGACCUGCUGGCCGAUGCUCUAGCUACCACCGGACAAGUGGAGAGGGGCUGUGAAGUUGCAUUGAUGAAAGCUGACUUGCAAGGUCCCAGUACUACUUGUCAGGAAGACUCUUGCUCCAAUCAGGGCGUGUGUUUGCAGCAGUGGGAGGGAUUUAGCUGUGAUUGCAGUAUGACAUCAUUCGGAGGACCGCUCUGCAAUGACGCGGGGACCACAUAUAUCUUUGGUCGUGACGGGGGUGUGAUUGUGUACACCUGGCCUCCUAACGAGCGCCCCAGUACACGGGCUGACCGGCUGGCGCUGGGCUUCAGCACACAGCAGAAACACGCUACGCUGCUACGGGUCGACAGUGCCUCGGGACUGGGGGACUAUCUACAGCUACAGAUAGAUAAAGGAAAUAUUAGAGUAGUGUUUAACGUGGGAACAGAUGACAUCAACAUUGAAGAGACUGCUAAAUUCGUUAAUGAUGGGAAGUACCACAUAGUUCGGUUUACCCGCAGCGGAGGCAACGCAACCCUGCAGCUGGACGACCUGCCAAUCAUAGAGCGUUACCCCUCAGGCAACAUUGAUAACGAGCGCCUGGCCAUCGCUAGACAGAGAAUCCCCUAUCGACUCGGUCGAGUAGUUGACGAUUGGCUACUCGACAAAGGCCGCCAGCUGACCAUCUUCAACAGCCAGACGACAGUGACGGUGGGAAGAGGAAAGGAAGCAGGUCAGUUCCAGGGUCAGAUGGCCGGUCUCUACUACAACGGACUGAAGAUACUCAACAUGGCCGCCGAAGGACACGCCCACAUCCGCCUGGAGGGCAGCACACGAUUGGUUGGGGACAUGCCCUCCUCCAUCACGCCCCAAUCCAGCGCUGCCGCCGGGGCAAACCGAUCAGACCCUGCCGCCAAUGCCGGCGACAUCACCACGACAACCGCCACAAACAGGAAGCAAGGAGGAGGAACUACGCAGCAGUCAACAGACGACCUGCUGGUGGCGUCAGCUGAGUGUCCCAGUGAUGACGAGGACAUUGACCCAUGUGACCCCAGCUCUGCAGCCCACCCCCCUCUCCCGGAGGUCAAACCGUUCCCGGGGACAUCAGAGGUAGUGAGGGAGUCCAGCAGCACCACAGGCAUGGUGGUGGGCAUCGUGGCAGCCGCCGCCCUCUGCAUCCUCAUCCUACUCUACGCCAUGUAUAAGUACCGUAACCGCGACGAGGGCUCGUACCACGUGGACGAGAGCCGCAACUACAUCAGUAACUCUGCCACCCAGCCUAAUGGCAGCACCAAGGACAAGCCGCUGGGCAUCGCCAAGAUCUCCAAGAAUAAGAAGAACAAAGAUAAGGAGUACUACGUGUGAGGAGGGGGGGGGACACCCUAAUGACAUUUAUAUAUACACAUCUACACUUAUACAGACAUAUGCACACAUACAGGAGGACAUGCUCUGAGACACACACAUACACACACAGAAAAGAAAAGAAAAACACACAGAGACAAAGAGACUGUCAUGAGGGCAGAGACCCAUACUGUACAGUAAUAAUAACCACUAACCACAGCCUCUCUGUGUGAGGCCUGUGUUCGACCAGAUUAACCGGUAUAACAAGCAGAGGAACCACCAGAUAGACUCCUAGUAAAGGACCAGUUUAUGACAAGUAAAGGACCAGUAAAGAGCAGUUAUUUUAAAGGACCAGUCCCCUGUCUCUCCCUGCUAUAAACUGUCCUGUAGACUGGGAAAGAACACAGAGAACGCUAGUCUUCUUUCAUACGGAGUCACAAUCAGUAUAUCCAGAUUAACACCCUGAUAAACUCUCAGUUACAAUUGGGUGUAAGGCUGGUGUUGUCCAAUGGGGGAACACCAGAUUACCUGAACCCUGCCCCUAACCCCAGCCCACCAGUCAGCAGAAUGGACAUUACCGCGGCAAUAAGACAGGAAGAGUCACAACCACCAGGGUUGCCAUGGUGGCUCUGUUUGCCGACUUGCUGGGGAGGGACGGAGUAGGGGGUGUACGUGGAAAAAGGAGCUGUGUGUGUUUGAAGUGUUGCUGGGACAUUUAUUUUACAACUUUAUACAACGUACGUUACAACGUUGUAUCAACCCACCAAGACUAUGAAGACAAGAGAGACUUUGACUCUGGAGAGGAGACCAGACACCAGAACUACCUACCUACCUACACAUAACACACACACACACAUACACACACACCUCUUACAACACCACCAGAGCUUCAUUACCAGAGCUUCAUCACUGACCGGUGGCAAUGAUAUCUGCGAUAAUGAUGAUAUUAUUAUGAUAAUGCUGAAGUCGAUGAAGAAGAAAAAGAAGAAUGAUGAUGAACAUGUGGGCAGUUUAGACUCUUUGGGGAAAUUGUUGCACGUUGAAUUAUCUUACUCCAUGUGUUUCUAACAGAGCAGAGACUACAUGGGUUACUCCUAAACCCACCACAACCAUAACCAACCACCUGGCUCACCAAAGCCUACCACAUGAUAAUAAACUACUACCUGGCUUAUAUACAUUCACUUCAAUGUAAUAAACUUAAUUUACACCCGAGGGACAAUUAUUACUGGGCUUAAUAGUGACAGACAGACAACACAUAACAGGAUAAGAUAACUUCAGAACUAACAUCAUAUAGCAAUCAUCAAUAAGAAGACAGGACAAAUGCUGUACACAACUUUCCAUCGCCUCCAACACACAGCAGAUACAACUGACUAACAGAGUGUGACCAGGCUCCAUGGUCUCUGAGAGCCAGGGUGGUGUGUUUGAUUUGGGUUGCGGUUUAGUGAGUAACCCUGGUGUAAAGGCUGGGUAUGUCCCCUGCAACAGGGCCAGCCCUGUUUUAAAGCCUGUCCUAUAGACGACUAUACGUGCUCUGAUGAACGUUUUAUAUUUUAAAAAAAAAUGUCUGUAAAAUAAUCGAAAACAGAAUAUUAAGUGUUAUCAUGUGUUUCUAUAAUGAUAGAGCUGUUCAUGAUGCCAUUGGCUAAUAUAAUUUGAGUUGCUUUACUUUCAUUGGCCCUCCCUCUCCGAGCAUCCUGUGUGUUCACAUUGGUUGAUUGUCCCGCUAAUUGUCCAGGUGAUCAAUCCCAGCCAGGCAGGAGUGGUGGGGGGGGUGGGGGGCGGGCUCUGUGGAGAAGGUUGAGGGUGUGACUAUGAUGUCAUUCAGUGCAUGUAAGACUGUGUAGGUCUCAAAUGGCACUCUUUUCCUCUAAUAGUGCACUACUUUAAACCAGAGUCCUAUGUUGCUAACCCUAAACCUACGUGGAUCAAAAGUAGUGAACAGGAAAUAGGGUGUAAUUUGAGACACAUACCAACUGUAAGAACAGAACAGAUAGAAAUUCACUGUCCAGAACAGGCAGUAGUCUCCAUAGUGUCUAAUCUGGCCAUUGUAUUUCUAUCUCCUGUCAGCAAGCACGCUCCCCCAGGUCUUCCAAGCAAUAUUGCCAACCAAUCACAUGCAUGGGAAUCAGACUGGGGGCGGGACAUAAAGCAUUAAAGACAUAGUGAUAAAACCUAAAAAUUAGCCAGAAAAAUGUAACUAAUUGAUUCCUUCGCUCCUACUCUUUAUCUAUCCCUUUAUUCUUAUUUCUCUCUGUUCCUCUCUCCCUCUAGUCGACGCCUCUCUUCCUCUCUCUCUUUCUCCCUUUCUCCUCUCUGUUUCUAUCUGAAGUAAAGGAGGAGCAUUGAACUGUGGUAUUCUUCAUCUAAGUGUUCAUUUAGCCUUUUAAUUUUAUAUAUAUAUAUAUAUAUAUAUAUAUAUAUAUAUAUAUAUAUAUAUAUAUACAAUUUUUCUACAGUAUUUUACUUUUAUUUUUAUUGUUACAGUUCUUUGAA